AUGCAAACUUCACUGAAGUUCAGCAAGUCAUCACAGGUGGAAUCUCCUAAUAUGAACACGUCAAAGGUGAGAGAGGAUGUGUUAGAGAGAAAAGAUGGUGUUAACAUCUUGGAGGUUAAUGAAUACAUGCUGAAGAAUGCUAUCCGUUAUGUUACUGAAUCAAGCAUGCCUAUAGAUGAAUCUAGUUUUGGGGACUUAACUGCUUCUCAAUUUCCAUUAAAAAACCUCAUUACAGAUAUUAUUGCGACAUGCUUUGAAACAGUGGCAUUCAUUGCGUAUUAUCUCUGUGUUGGAGUUUGGGAAAUUAAUGCACCAGGAAAUGAAAUGACUCACCCAGGGUCACCGAAGAUCAUGGAAGGAAAGUUUAUGGAUUCAACUGUAAAAAUUACUGAGAAGGUGAAACUGGAAUGCAUAUAUCCAAAAAGAGCCAAGACAAACCAGGCAUCCUGGAUGAAACUUAAUGUAACUCAGGAAGAAAAUAUAGCGGUCUUGCAUCCAAUCUAUGGUAUACAUAUUGAAGACAAAUACAAAGGAAGAAUUUAUUUUGAAAAUGCUUCCAGAGAAGGCAAGUCCUUAUCCUUCAUCAAGAGCACUUUGCAGGAUGUUGGUAUGUACUUUCACUCCAUCCUAACUUACCCAGAUGGAAUUUGGGAAAAGGUAAUAGAAAUUAUUCUGCCAGCAAAUGUUUUUGAAGUAUCUCUGAAACAAAACAAUCCUAUGUUUACCAAGCCAGGAGGAAAUAUUGCUUUUACUUGUCCUUAUAAAAUUGGAGAUUCAGUGCAGCAAGUGAUGUGGGAAAGGAUUAAAGCAGAUCAGGUAGAUACUGUUGUUUUGUGCAGCUCAUCAGGAAGGCAAAGCUUUGGUUCAGAUUUCAAAGAGCGUACGCUGGUAGAUUGCUCUGAUCAGGCAAACUCCAAGAUUGUAAUCCAAAACAGUAUAGCCUCUGACUUUGCAACUUACCACUGAGUAGCUACUGGAAGAAACAAAACCUGUGUGAUGGGUUUUGCUGUGGCUGCAACUUGGGAUCACAAAUGGUAUAUCAUCAACAUAGCUGGAGGAAUUUCUGCUGCUGUCUUACUGUUAGUUUUUCUACUGAUCUGCAUCACCACUGCGUAUAGAAAAAAAAAGAAGAGGAAGAGGAUCACAGAGGCCUUCUCAAAUUAUUUGUAUUCUACUCAGAUGCAGCGGGCUAACAGUUAUGGAAAUUCCAAUUUUCAUGGCACACAGAACACAGGAAGAAGAGAAGAAUCAUCCCUUGGGCAGACAGAGGAGAUUUAUGUCAACUGCAACAAUGUCUAA